AAUUGUAGCAAAAAUUUCCACCGCUAUUAUUGACUAUGGCGUUGCAUUAGUGGUCAUGUACUGAGAACCUUUCAAUUCUAAAAUGAAUUUAGAUCAGUGGAUAGAAUCUGUUAAGACUUGUAAAUAUUUGCCAGAAAACGAAUUGCGAGAACUGUGCAACUAUGUUAGUGAGCUGUUAAUCGAAGAAUGUAAUGUACAACCUGUUAACUUCCCUGUUACUAUCUGCGGAGAUAUUCAUGGACAGUUCUACGACCUUUUGCAGCUGUUUCGCACAGGAGGCAGAUUACCUGACACAAAUUACAUUUUCAUGGGAGACUUUGUAGACCGUGGGUACUACAGCCUAGAGACGUUAACAUUCCUGCUUGUUUUGAAAGCUAAGUAUCCUGAAAGAAUAACUUUGUUAAGAGGAAAUCACGAAAGUCGACAGGUUACUCAGUGUUACGGCUUCUAUGAUGAGUGCAUCAAUAAAUAUGGGAAUGCAAAUCCAUGGCAUUAUUGUUGUAAAGUAUUUGAUCUCCUCACUAUAGCCGCAUUGGUUGGAGAAGAAGUUCUCUGUGUUCAUGGAGGUUUGUCACCAGAAAUUAAAACAUUGGAUCAAAUCCGGACUAUAGACAGACAUAUGGAAAUACCCCAUAAAGGUCCAUUAUGUGAUAUUUUAUGGUCUGAUCCUGAUGAUGUAGCUCAGUGGUCUGUUAGUCCUCGUGGUGCAGGAUAUUUAUUUGGACCGAAGGUUACUCACAAAUUUGUAGAAUUAAAUGGUUUAGAAGUUAUUUGUAGAGCUCAUCAACUAGUCCAUGAAGGUUUUAAAUCUAUGUUUGAUGGACGCUUAAUCACUAUUUGGUCAGCUCCGAAUUACUGUUAUCGUUGUGGAAAUAUUGCUGCAAUCUUGGCAUUUGAUAAUCCAACACAAUUUGAAGCUAAACUUUUCAAUGCUGUACCAGAUGAAGAACGGGUUAAGCCACCUCUUAGAAUUACGCCUUACUUUCUAUAAUAUAUAAAAGUGUAUUUUUUAACAUUCUGAACAUUUUUUUAAUCAUUAUAUAUUACUCUUCCUUAUCGGCUAUUAUUACGAUGCUCUAUUGUAAUAAGAAGGUUGAAUUAUACACUGUACUGCACAACAGUAGGCUAUACAACUCAAUUUGUACAAAUUUUAUAGAUUCAUUAAUUUGUCGGUUUUGUUUAUUUUCACUCCCGCUUUCUUGCUUUUUAUUAAUUGAGAAACAAGGUAACAUAAUGUCGAUAAGCAGAUUCUCUUCACUUUGUAUUGUUUGUUCCUUUUUAUAUGUAAACUAUCCAAUUGGAAUUUUAAACCUUUUUACUUUAUUUUAGUCUUUAAACUAUAUUUUACUGUUUUGUUAUUGUGUUGCAUAUAUUUCCGAAGUUCAUAUGUGUAUACGCGCCUACGCGUGUGUGUGUGUGUGUGUGUGUGUGUGAUGCGCUUACACCUAUCCGUAUGGAUAAAUUCAGAUGACUCCUCCCAGUGUCUUCGGUAUUUUUAUUUAUUUACUCAUUUUUGAAAUCUCUUACUGACCUAACCUUUAUAAGGUUGUAGCUUUUGCAUAAAAUCACCAGGAUACCUUGGAUAUGAUAGUUAUCAUAUAUUUAUCAUUAC